AAUCUUGUUUUGGAACACAGUCAAGUUUCUUGCUUUCUUGUUUUCAUCGACAUCAACCUUUUCCUUCUUCAAAUCUACCGCACACCCACCUCGUCAUUCAUUCUCAUUUCUCUGUCAGAGUAGCAAUUGUUCUUGGCAGGAAGACAGGAAUUGGAUUACAUUGAUCAGGAAAUGGAUUCUGCAGCCAUGACUAGCGUUUGUGGCAAAUCUGCUCUUUGCUCUACUCCCGGUUUAUUUUUGGGGAGAACGAGCGGUAUUAGGAGCUCACAGUGUAGCUUUAUAGCUGGAAAUAGGAUAAACUUUCCAAGGCAGACAGCUCAAGCACACAGAGUUCGUACUAAUUCUCGCAAGGGUCAUGGUGCUCUUUCUGUGACAUGUCGCGCCGAGAAAAUUCUGGUGGCAAAUAGAGGAGAGAUUGCUGUCCGCGUAAUUCGAACUGCCCAUGAGAUGGGAAUUCCUUGUGUUGCGGUUUAUUCGACCAUUGAUAAAGAUGCCUUACAUGUGAAGCUAGCUGAUGAAUCUGUUUGCAUUGGAGAAGCACCAAGUAAUCAGUCGUAUUUAGUGAUCCCAAAUGUCUUGUCUGCUGCUAUCAGUCGCGGAUGUACAAUGUUGCAUCCUGGAUAUGGUUUCCUUUCUGAGAAUGCAAGUUUUGUUGAGAUGUGCAGAGAACAUGGAAUCAACUUUAUUGGGCCAAAUCCAGACAGUAUAAGAGUCAUGGGUGACAAAGCCACUGCUAGAGAUACAAUGAAGAAUGCUGGUGUUCCAACUGUACCAGGAAGUGACGGACUAUUGCAGAGCACUGAAGAAGGUGUAAGGCUCGCUGAGGAGAUUGGUUACCCAGUGAUGAUUAAGGCAACAGCUGGUGGUGGUGGACGUGGAAUGCGUCUUGCUAAAGAACCUAAUGAGUUCGUAAAAUUAUUGCAGCAAGCUAAGAGUGAGGCAGCAGCUGCAUUUGGAAAUGAUGGCGUUUAUCUGGAGAAGUACAUCGUAAAUCCUAGGCACAUUGAAUUUCAGGUUUUGGCGGACAAGUAUGGUAAUGUUGUACACUUUGGAGAGCGUGAUUGCAGUAUUCAGAGAAGAAACCAGAAGUUGCUGGAGGAAGCACCGUCCCCUGCAUUGACAUCAGAGCUGAGGAAAGCCAUGGGUGAUGCAGCUGUUGCAGCAGCAGCAUCCAUAGGAUACAUUGGUGUUGGUACCAUAGAGUUCCUAUUGGAUGAGAGAGGGUCCUUUUACUUCAUGGAAAUGAACACUCGUAUUCAGGUAGAGCAUCCAGUGACAGAAAUGAUAUCCUCUGUUGAUCUGAUAGAGGAACAGAUCCGUGUCGCUAUGGGAGAAAAGCUCCGAUACCAACAGGAGGAUAUUGUGCUUAGAGGACACUCAAUUGAAUGCCGUAUAAACGCAGAAGAUGCUUUCAAAAACUUCAGACCCGGCCCAGGGAGAAUCACUUCAUAUCUACCAGCUGGAGGUCCAUUUACGCGUAUGGAUAGCCAUGUUUAUCCUGACUAUGUGGUUCCACCUAGCUACGAUUCCCUGCUAGGAAAGCUCAUCGUAUGGGCUCCAACACGUGAGAGGGCUAUUGAGCGCAUGAAAAGAGCACUUAAUGACACCAUUAUCACUGGAGUUCCUACCACAAUAGAAUAUCAUAAACUCAUCCUUGAUAUCGAGGACUUUAAGAACGGGAACGUUGAUACUGCUUUCAUUCCAAAGCAUGAGGAAGAAUUAGCUCCGCCUCAGCAAAUUGUUCCAGCAGCAACCAAGGAGCUGAUCAAUGCCAAUGCUUAAUUAUUCUUCUAUUUAGUUUUAGUUUUCUUCUUUGAUUUUCUUGUUUCAUCAGUGAAUAUAGUGAAAGAACAUUACUCCCAUUGGAUCUUGAAAUUAAUGCAGUUUUGGAUACAACUUUCAUCUCCUUUAGCUUUAGCUUGUUGUAUUUAAAGAUACACAAGACUGAAUGAAGUUAUUCUCUUUUUAUAAA